AUAUUCUUGGCUUGUUCUAGCGUUCUGUACUGCUCCACGCGGAUAACUGGAAGCAAAACCGACAACCCGAUCCUCGUUUACCUUCUCCAUUGUUUCUGACUCGGCAUUCCAUGAACAAAAUCACAGAUCCGAUAGUUGAUUUCUAAUACAGUACGCGAUCCAAUCAACCUUUUCAAAUAAAAUUCCGCUUCAAAUCCUUUCUCGCCUGUAAAUAGAUUUACCACACAAUGCCAUCUUUGCACCAAAGAACUCUCCAAACUUCACUCUCCGAUCCAUACCCUUUAUCGCCUCGCUAUUCCUCUAAUUCCCAAAGGCAAAUUUCAAUAUUUAGCCGCACUGGCCUCGUAAUUUUAUUCUGUCUUAUGCUAAUUCUCGGAGUAUUCAUGCCAUGGACGGGGAUGCCUCAGGGUAUCUUCUCCGUGACUAAACCCUCUGUUAGUAAAUGGCGUCACUACACUCUGGCUGAAGCGGUGUCUUUUGUGGCCAAGAAUGGGACUGUAAUUGUUUGUGCAGUUAGCCACCCUUACUUGCCGUUCCUUAACAACUGGUUGAUUAGUAUUGCAAGGCAAAAGCAUCAAGACGAGGUCCUUGUCAUUGCUGAAGAUUAUGCCACACUUUAUAAGGUCAAUGAGAAGUGGCCUGGCCAUGCUGUGCUCGUUCCGCCAGCUCCUGAUUCCCAAACUGCCCAUAAGUUUGGUUCUCAGGGAUUCUUCAAUUUUACAUCUCGAAGGCCUCGUCAUCUGCUGCACAUUUUGGAGCUUGGUUAUAAUGUAAUGUACAAUGAUGUUGAUAUGGUCUGGUUAGGAGAUCCCUUCCCCUAUUUGCAAGGAAACCAUGAUGUGUACUUCACUGACGACAUGGCUGCUGUGAAGCCUCUGAACCACUCCCAUGAUUUACCACCUCCAGGUAAAAAAGGGCGCACUUAUAUAUGCAGUUGCAUGAUUUUCCUGCGUCCUACAAAUGGAGCAAAACUAGUUAUGAAGAAGUGGAUUAAGGAACUUCAAUUUCAGCCAUGGUCCAAAGCAAAGAAAUCAAAUGAUCAACCAGCUUUCAACUGGGCAUUAAACAAAACUGCUGGACAGGUAGACCUCUACCUGCUGCCACAGGCAGCAUUCCCAACGGGAGGGCUAUACUUCAAGAACCAUACGUGGGUGGAAGAAACAAAGGGAAAGCAUGUUAUCAUUCACAACAAUUACAUCACAGGUUUCGAGAAGAAGAUAAAGCGAUUUCAUGAUUUUGGCCUGUGGUUGGCGGAUGAUCAUUCUCAAGAGUCCCCACUAGGCAAAUUACGAUGAGUUGUUUUACAUACGAGUUAUAUCCAUCCAUGCCACCAUCAACUGUCAAUCAUGGAAUUGAGCUGAAGAGUGUGGAGCAAGCGUGUGGUGCUCAUUUGUUACUUUUUUAGGAUUAUGGCGUGGGAUAUUUUUUGGGGUAGAUGGUCAUGGCAGGGUUGAUUAGUCUGUUUCAUGGAAAUGGAAUGGUUUUACAUUCUUUCUCACCCAUGGAAUUCAUUCAUUGCACAAUGGAACUGCAAAAGCAUCCUUGUUAUUUUGUUGAAAUGAAUUAUAUGGCAAUUCCAUUUCUGGAAAAAAAGUGGAUAAUAGACUUGGAACAUUGACAUUGGGAAUGUAAUACGUUCAUGGAAAGUAAAUUUUCUGUACAAAAUGAAGCCAUUCUUCUGAA